CGAGAAUAUCUCACAUUGAUAUCUAUCUCUAACCUACAACAAAUUUAAAUUGAUGAUUCCGUCAUCCUUGAAACGAUAUUUACAAACUUUACAAGUACGACAAUUUUUUCGCGAUCAAUGGUCCAUGCACGGUGUGAUUGAUGAAACUACAAUAUGUUAUCUCUCUCUUUCUCUCAUCACGUUCAUCGCGUUCAUCGCGGAACGCACAUACUCGAAAUUCGAAGGUUAUUUUUAGGAUGAAUUUCGUCGUCGCGUAAGGCCACGACGAGCGGCGUCGGCGUCGCUCUCGCUCAGUGCUAAAGAGGCGUCGGUGGGAGACGGUGCAGUGGUGACGACGAACUCUUCGACAAGUGAGAAGAAGCGAGCGCGUGAGAGUGGUAUACAAGGGUGGUGGCGAAUACAAAGGAGGGGGUGUGAAGAGAGAGAUAAAAGGAGGAACACGAAGCGCACACCGACGUCCAAACGAUUCUACGAACGAACGAUCGACUUGAGAUACACAUCAUUUGCUCUUGAUUACUUUCGAUUUCCCAAUCUUUUCUCCUAUUCCAUUCUUACAUUCCCCAUUCCCAUUCUCUUUUCCCCGAUCUCCCACACGUUUGAUCAUCCGGUAUCUCCUCCGUCAUACCUUUCGACGACGAACAAACGAACACUGAACGAUUCCUCGAACUAUGGCAGCCACCGCCAUGGAUCCAGUCGACAUUGCAAACAUACUCGCGCAGGAGUUGCUUUAUCAGCAGCUGGUGUCUCUAGACGGAUUACACAGUGGAGUGCCGACCAGAACGACGCCGACGCUAACACCGACUACCCUUCGCAGCAUCGAGCAAACGUUUCUCGAGUUGACGAGCGAAUCGGCGUCGCACAGUCGCGAGGCCGGCUUCGUACCGCCGCUGGUCGAACCGUCGCAGCCAACCCCGGCACAGACGCAAAACACGACGGCGGUACAUCAUCUUCCAGUACCGACCACCACCACCGCCAUCACUACCACCCUUGUCGAGAACCAACAACAGACACAGCCGGUUAGGCGCAACAUGGGCGGUAGAAGGCCUACUCGAACAAUCGGGAUGACUCCCGAGGAAGAAGAGAGGCGGCAGAUCCGGCGUGAAAGGAAUAAGAUGGCAGCGGCACGAUGCCGAAAGCGAAGAAUGGAUCAUACCAAUGCCCUACUCGAGGAAACUGAGGGCUUGGAACAGAAGAAGCAAAGCUUGCAAGACGAGAUUCAACAAUUGCAACAGGCCAAAGACGAAUUGGAAUUUAUCUUGGAAGCUCACAGAGCAGUCUGUCGUCGUUCGCUGCGAUCUUCAUCUCCGUUGGAUGUGAAACCUACAAUAAAAUCCGAUCUUCCGCCUGAGGAGGAAUUCGCUGCCGAACCCGUGAAGGGUGACGCGACGAUGGCCGCGGCGAUCAGACCGAACAGACCUAAUUCACUGCCGGUCGGAUUGGACAACAACAACAGACUAAACCCCCUGUCAAUGUUCGUGGAGCCGAAGGAGAGGCCAGACACACUUGCUUUCAAGACGGUAGAAACUCCGUCCUUCAUGAAGCCCUCGAUGGAUGUGGCUGGUAUGCCUAUUACCACUCCAACUAGCGGCAUACCGUUCAAUUUCGAAUCUUUGAUGGAAGGCGGUACUGGUCUCACGCCUGUUUCGACACCCCUGAUACCGUCGUGCUCGACGCAACAGAGGAACAACCUGUCCGCUGUGGAUCUCAGCUCUCCGGAUGCGAAUCCCCCGAAACUCGUGAGCUUGUGACGCCACGAUCACGUACUGGAGCAGACAAAGUCAAAUGAGAAGAACAACGAUCCCGAAUGAAGACGGGAAGAAAGUUUCAUUUUUCUCUAAAGAGAAGCAGAAAUAUUAUUAGAAAUAUAUUCUUUAUGAACCAAAUUUUUCAUCGCUCUCGAAAACUAUUUCACGUAUGCAUUUCAUUGUAGAGAUUUUGUCGACAAUGAUAUGAAAUUUGUCAAAACUUGACAAACUUGAAAUCAAUCUGAAAUUUCUUGAUCUUGAUCUAUAAGGAAAUAAUUUUUUCUUUUUCGUUUAUUGCAAAUAUAUAUAUAUAUAUGUUUUUUUUUGAAGAGAAAAAGCUGUGUUGCGCGCCUUAAAGCAAAUAUGAUCGCAGAUUUGUCAGCAAUAAUUUCUGCAUACAAGUGAUAUAAAUAUAUUUAAUGUUUAAAAUAGCAAAUUAGAAGUAAUAAAUAUAAGAUUUGUCAUUUUGUAAGCGAUUCAACGAAAGAUGAUGAAUGAAAUUUUGUACUGUAAUUCUAUAUUGAGAAUGAAAACUUAGAAUAUAAGAGACGAAACAUGGUUAGCUCAAAACGUUCAAGUAUAUGCGACAUACCUCUUUGAAUUGCGCUUAACUUGCGCCGAUCAAUUACAGAGUUUGCAUAAUUCAAAGAUAUAUUUAAUAUUGUAAAACGGGUAAAUAAAAUUAUGCGAAUGCGAGAAUCGUCAAAUGUUGAACGUUCUAUUCUGCUUUUUUGUACGCUCAUGCGCGUGUAAAGAAAGAUUAUUAUCUCGCUUUCGUACUACCCGCAUUUGACAUAAAUAAGUUUUUAUACGCGACUGUCGUUUUUCACGUGACAAUUGUAUAACCAUUUAAUCCCUCCAUACAAUAUGAUACAUACAUGCAUACAUAUAUAUUUUAUGACAUUUUUGCAUGAUCUUAAGCAAUAUUAAUAUAUUUAUACGCGACUGCUAGUUAUGAUGCACGGAUGAUCUUUUGAUAGCGCGUCAGCGACUUCUUUUCUGCUCCGAAUAAUUAUCGAGAACUUUCCGAGCGUCAGAUUUAGUGGUCGCUAUUGAGGAUAUGGAGAUUGUAACGCACCAAUGAUAGUGUUGCGGUAUAUUUUCAUUUUAGAUUGAGUCAAUAAAACGACAUGAAAUUGUACACCCCG